GGAACAGGUAAACUGUAGGCUUCUUCCUCAGUCAGGAGGAGCAUCAGGGACGAGGGACUGCGCACCCAUUGUACUCAGUUCUCGUGUGCUUCGUUCCCGGCGACAGGCGAGUGUCCAAAAUGACCCAGGAACCGUUGAGAUCGGCUUUAUCUAUCGGGGAGAUCGGAGAGACGUCGCUGGCGCUUCCGUCAGACGGAGAUUCCCGCUCGGGCCAGAGGCGCGUCAUGGAGCAGGUUAGCACCAUGAAGAAGAGCAAGAGCAAGUACAGCAGCAGCAGAGGAUCAGCAGGAACACUGUCCCCCACCAGCCCCAAGAGCGACAGUGUUUUUUAUGAAUCCAAGUUCUCCCCCACCAAUCUAAAUGGAUCGGACUUUUUGUUUGAAAGCACCUUGGCAAAUGGACAUGCAAAAACGAUGAAACAGAAGCAGAGCAUAAUGCAAAGGAGCGUGAGCACCAGGUCAGCCAACUAUUACAGGAUGCCAAGUAACAACAUAUUACCGAACAGCCUUCCCGCUCCAAGCCACCCCAGUGCCCAGGCUGACCUCUAUGCCACUCAAGUGGGCACUAAGAGUAACACCACCCAGUGGACCCAGAAGUACAGGCAGAAAAAAAUCCUGGAAAGGAGUCACAGCCAACCUCCACUCACCAGCCCUGUCCAAAUUAAAGCAAAUAGCAGCUUUCAGAGCACCAGCAAUCAGGUCACUGGCAGCAAUACCGUCAACAGGCGGCCUCCUUCUGCCCACUCAAACUCUGAGCCCAAGUUCUCAGCGGUUAGCAAGACCAAGACUGAGAUGAACGGAAUGAAUGGAGAGGCAAACAUGUCUGAUAUCACAUUAUCAGAGGCGAUAUUCUGCAUCAACCACGUGGAUGAAAGGUAUCAGCUGCAUGGAGCUUCCGUUAUUCAGCAUAGCACAUACACAGAUGACAAGGCCAAAGAAGAGGUACGGAAGCGAAAUGGCAUUGCUCCGUUGGUGUCCUUGCUUAGCAGCUCAAACCCUCAGAUCCAGCUAGCGUCAGCCUCCGCCUUGCGUAACCUUGUCUUCAAGAAUUCAGCCAACAAGGAGGAGGUCCGGUGCACAGGAGGGUUGAACGAGGCUUUGCAGCUACUCCGAGACACUAACUCAGCCGAAAUUCAGAAACAUGUGACCGGUCUUCUGUGGAACCUGUCCUCAGAGGAGAGCAUUCAGCCCGAUCUCCUCCGUCAGGCUCUGCCUGUCCUCACCGAGACAGUGCUGCAGCCGAACGCAGACACCUCAGCCAUCGGGUCUGAUAUUGAACCUCGUACUGAGAGCUUCUGCAAUGCUACAGCAUGUCUACGAAAUCUGAGUUCUGGCAAACUGGUAAACCGGCAAGCCUUGCGUAACUGUGAGGGCCUGAUUGACUCACUAGUCACACACCUGCAGUCUUGUGUGGACGACGGCAAUAUGGAUGAUAAGUCUGUGGAGAACUGUGUGUGUGUUCUGCACAACCUCACCUAUCAGCUGGAAACCGAAGUGCCUGCUUUGUUUACCAAGAUAAACGCGCUGGCUACGGCUUCUGAAAGCCGCACUAAUGCCGCUGAUACCGGCCCUAUCGGCUGCUUUAGCAACCAGAGCCGCAAGAUCCAGCAAGAGAGCAACUCAGAAUACCUGCUGAUGGAUGAUUUCAAUCCCAAAGGCAAGAGCCGGCUUAUUCACUCAAAGACUCUGCAGUUGUAUCUGAAUCUGCUGCAGUCCAGUCAGAACACAAGAACUCAGGAGGCAUGCUGUGGAGCACUGCAUAACCUCACCGCCAAGAAGGGCAUCGUGUCAGAUGUGUUGAGUCAGACCAUUGUUCAGAAGCUGAAUGGUCUGCAGAGCCUCUCUCCACAACUACAGUCACAGAAUCUGGCCCUGAACAACAGCGUCACCACACUGAUAGGGAACCUGUCUCGAACUCCACAGCUGCACAGAGUUUUGGCUCGUCAGGCUCUUCCGGGUAUCGUCAAGACCUUGACAUCCGACCUUACUCAAGAGUCUGAUAGCACCAUAGCAGUGGCCUGCCACACGGCAAACAACCUGCUUAGGGCAGAACCUGAGAUGGGGAAGAAACUGCUAAGCAAUGCCCUGAUCAACUCACUGAAUAACAUGAGUCAAAACAUAGCCAUGCCGAAGGCCAGUAAGGCAGCAGGAGUUCUCCUUCAUAGCCUCUGGUCUGACAAGACUAUUCAGAGUUUCCUCAAGAAGCAAGGGAUGAAUAAGAAGGUCUUUGUGAAUGAGACAACUUCAGCUGCACUCAGGUCUUUCCAGAUUAUUGAGUAAUUUGAUCAUCCUGCAGUUGACUUCUAUAAACGUCCAGCUCUACACAACAGCUACAGAAAAUGACUUAUAUAACUAUACAUAUGCAGUAAAAUUACAUGUUCCUGUCCGCUUUGAAUAUAAAUAACUGCAAAGGUAAUGAAAAAGCAGCUGAGGGGAAUGUAAAUGAGCUUCACAGCGCUGAGUUUGCACAGAAAUGGAAAAAAAGUUCUGUAUCUUUGUAAUUCCACAUUGAUUUUUUGUUGCAUGGAAGCACUGUAAUGGGAACAUAUUACAUUUGUAUUGCAAUUUUUGAAAAAUGGCUUUACAUUUUCUAUCUAUUUGAUGGAUUGCUAUUUUGAGUAUAAUGUCUAACAUGAGUAGAAAAGGAAUGAUGUCUGUCUACAUGAGAGGGGAUAAACUGCAAUUUUUCAUGCCUUUUUAUUUGGAAUAUAUGGUAUUUGUGUUAAAAAUGGAGAAAUGUCGCAAAGAUUUGGGUUUUGGUUCCUGCCAACCCAUUACAGUUAACAUUAGGGUGAGGUAUAAGACACCAAGGUAUUAUUAUGAAUAUUAAUGUUUGUUUUUUUUCUGCUGUAUUGCCUUUUAAUAAUCUUUCAUAUGAUCUUAAUAUUUGAAGAGGGUUCCUUUGUAGUUGGUCAUUUCAUUCGAGUCUCAUGUUUGAGUUGUUAAUAUCUUUUUUUUUUCCAGCAGAAACCAAAUAAAGCUUUUUGAAAUGGUA